AAAAAAGAAAAAGAAAAAAGAAAGUCCGCCGCUAACCGCCCAAUACAAAAUUUCCCACGAGUUCCAAGAAUGAAGAAUCUAUGAAUCCCUAUUUAUAUUUGUUUGGCUUCCCCCUUCAUUUCUGAAUUAUCUUCUCCGCAAUCCCUUCCCCUCUUCCCAUUUCUGCAAUCCCUUUUUUGUUGUUUUUCUACUUUUUAUUUUUAUUAUUCGGAUUAACUAAUUCUUCGCUCCACAACAUCUCAUUAAUCUUUCCCGCAACUCAAAUUCAACUUUCGUGAAUUGUUGUUUCAAUCGAAUGAGAUGAACGCUAUAUUCAAAUUCACGAGCAUGAAGCCGCCAUGUUGCAGAAUCUUGUUGCCCUCCAAGAACACCCCUUUUAUGGGCGCCCCUCUCCCCAAACCCUCUAAUUUCCGAUCGAAUAUUAAUUAUUUCCCCGCUUCUCGAUUUCAUACCUCUCCGCCGGCUUCUUUGGGGUUGAAAUCGGCAUUGACUUGGACGUGGGGCCAAUCGAGAAUCUUCUCGAGCUCCUGCUAUUCCAGUUUCAGCAGGAGGGCGAGGACCCAUUUCUUUGCUCCGAGAGCUGCGGCGGAUUUGAGGAAUUUGUCGGCUUCGGUGGAGAGCAGCGUCAACGACAAGAAUUUCGAUAGAGUUUACGUGCAGGGGCGCGUCAAUGUGAAGCCUCCGCCGCUGCCGGCGGAGGAGGAGGUGGGGGAGGAGGAGAAAAGCAAUGCGGAUGCGGCAAUUUGCGGUGAUGUGGGGAAGAAUGAGUGCUCGUUUGUGGAGGUGGGGAAGGAGGAGAGUGAAGUGGAGAAGGAGGCGUGGAAGCUGCUGAGGAAUGCCAUCGUCACGUAUUGCGGGAGCCCUGUGGGCACUGUGGCGGCGAAUGAUCCCAACGACAAGUCGCCGCUUAACUACGAUCAGGUGUUUAUACGGGAUUUCGUCCCAUCCGCCUUCGCCUUUCUGCUCAAGGGUGAGGGAGAGAUCGUCAGGAACUUCUUGCUUGACACCCUGCAGCUGCAGAGUUGGGAGAAAACGGUGGAUUGCUAUAGUCCUGGACAAGGAUUAAUGCCAGCAAGUUUUAAAGUUAGAUCUGUUGCUAUAGAUGAUAAUAAGUUUGAAGAAGUUCUUGAUCCAGAUUUUGGGGAAUCGGCUAUAGGCCGUGUUGCUCCUGUAGAUUCUGGACUGUGGUGGAUUAUCUUAUUGCGAGCUUAUGGGAAGCUCACCGGGGACUACGCAUUGCAGGAAAGAGUGGAUGUUCAGACGGGGAUUAAACUUAUUCUAAAUCUCUGUUUGUCAGAUGGUUUUGAUAUGUUUCCUUCUUUACUUGUUACUGAUGGCUCCUGUAUGAUAGAUCGACGGAUGGGUAUUCAUGGUCAUCCAUUGGAGAUUCAAUCCUUAUUUUACUCAGCUCUUCGGUGCUCUCGUGAGAUGCUUGCAUUAGACGAGGGAUCGAAGAAUUUGGUGAGGGCCAUCAACAAUAGACUGAGUGCAUUGUCGUUUCACAUCAGGGAAUAUUAUUGGGUUGAUCUGAAGAAAAUCAAUGAGAUAUAUCGUUAUAAGACUGAGGAGUACUCCACGGAAGCCACAAACAAGUUUAAUAUAUACCCUGAUCAAAUUCCUCAUUGGUUAAUGCAUUGGAUUCCUGAGACGGGCGGUUAUCUUAUCGGUAAUCUGCAGCCAGCUCAUAUGGAUUUUAGGUUUUUUACCCUCGGAAACCUCUGGUCCAUUGUAUCGUCUCUGGGCACUCCGAGACAGAAUGAGGCGGUAUUGAAUCUGAUCGAAGCCAAAUGGGAUGAUCUUAUAGGCCAAAUGCCACUUAAGAUAUGUUACCCUGCUGUAGAGUCGGAGGAGUGGCGAAUAAUCACUGGAAGCGAUCCGAAGAAUACAGCUUGGUCGUAUCAUAAUGGUGGAUCGUGGCCAACGCUGAUGUGGCAGUUCACGCUGGCGUGCAUGAAGAUGCGCAGGACGGAUCUGGCGAAGAAGGCGCUGGACAUAGCUGAGAAACGGCUUCCUCUGGACGGGUGGCCUGAAUACUACGACACAAGGAGCGGGAAGUUCAUAGGAAAGCAGGCGCGGCUGUACCAGACGUGGAGUAUUGCAGGAUACCUGACGUCGAAGAUGCUGAUGGAGAAGCCCGACGUAGCUGCCCUGCUGUACUGGGAGGAAGACUACGACAUCCUCGAGAACUGUAUCUGUGCGUUGAGCAACUCGAACCGGAAGAAGUGCUCGCGCAGGCUUGCCAAGUCUCAGAUUCUGGUGUGAUGCUUUCAAUCACCACUGCUGUACAGAAGAUACCAUAGUUUUUGUUUAACAUGUUGUACACUAAUACAGGAAAGGGAAAAUGUGGUUGGCCCUCAUAUUUUGUAAGGCUGCCCAUGCCCUAUUAGUGUUGCGUCGAUGCAACACAUUAUUAUACUACUAAUAGAUAGAGAUACCUCAGCAUUACAUUCACAUUCAUUUUCAUUUUCAUGUAUUACCUUAAUUAUUAGUAUCAAUUUAUGUUCCAUUUCUCUUUA